AUGGAGUCUCUCAACAAUUCCACUUAUUGCACCGUAUCCCCGUAUCCCCGUAUCCCAAGCAUCUAGCGCCCACAUCCCGAGGCAGUCCGAAGAGAGAGAAGGGGAACGCAUGGACGUUCUGGUGGGUUGUGGUCAUGUGCCUCUCUGCAGUGCUGCUUGCCCUUGCAAGCCCAGCAAGGCGGCCUGUCAGCCUUGCGGGAAUCGUGCCGUCUUUUGGGGCGGAACCAUCCAAAAUGUUCCGAGAUAUCCGUGAUCCUGGCUGCCUAGACUGUUAUACCCUGUCUGAGUGAGCCUAACCUGGCAAAAUCACGAUGGAAAAGUUGCGAAUCUCAUCUGCAUAUCAAGGCCACCCGUCUGUCGCAUCCAUUUGCUUGUGCUUCCACCAUGGGCUGAGUGGUGUCUCGUCAACAAAACGAGCCUCUAACAGAUCUUAACGUGACGGUAAUCCACAGCAGUUGCGAGAUUCCAGGUUGUUUAAAGUCGCCAAGGUCCACUCGGCUAUCGCCGAACCAAUUGCACGACAACCAACCGAUGACUCGGUGAGCUACAUACCGUUCUGAGAACUUUUGAAAGCUUGCGGUGAAGUUUGUAGCGUACGAUGAAUCCCAACAGGGAGGAGGUGCGUAUAGUCGGCUAAUCGAUGAGUCUGAGGACGGCCCCAAACCGGAGUAUGUCUAUGCAUUAUUUGCCUUGGCAAAAGUCGACCGUUUUUACAAACUGAAUCGAGAAGCGUAUCAUUCAACACGGAAUAAAAUGGAGUACCGAAAAGGGGUGUAACUAAUCGCGGGAUUUGGAGAUGCUGUGUUGACAUGAGCUUCAAAAUGAGCCGUAACAACGAUAUCCUUGAGAGAGGUAUUCACAUGACAAAACUGACUUUUUGUAGAUAUGGCGGCUCUGGGUGGGCAUCAAGCGACUGAAGGUUCAAGGUGAGCAAAGGACGCAGGGCCAGGGACGGUGUCUCCGGUGUUCCGUAAUCCGUACCUGUGCCCCGCGCCGGUUCCCCACCAUACCGUGCCUACCCCACCAUCCGCCAACGAGAGCUCCAUCUUAUCGCCAGGCUGCAGCUAGCUGGCCAUCCAUCAACUUAUCUCUCGUCCAGCCUUGCCUAAACCAUCGACAUCAACCAGGCCCAGGUAUCGCAACAUCUUCUCAGCCUUGCGUUCUCGACUCCAUUCACAAAACCAGCCUCAAAGAUGGCCGACCCUCUGCUGGAGUUCUUCACCCAGAUGGACAUCCAGGGCGGUGUUGUCGUUCAGGAUUCCCCCAAAUUUGAUCUCGAUCUCUAUAUCCAAAACUACCGCGGCCGUACCAGAUUCGACCGUCUCCUUCUCAUCGGCCGUAGCUCAGUAAAGCUCUGCGUCGAAGCUCUCAGGGCCGCCCUCGCCGAAGCCAAGCGUGGCCGCGACACCCAGCGAUACAGAGACGUUUUUGAAUACCUUCGCGUAGCUGCUCCCAAUGACCCCGAUGCCGUCUUUGAUAAGAAAUGGGUAGACAGGCAGGACGUCGCCAACCAUGAAGAGACCCAACGGCUGCUCACCGAGCUAAAGGGAUAUAAGAACAACCUUGUCAAAGAGAGCAUCCGGAUGGGCAACGAAGACCUAGCCAAACAUUACGAAGCAAUCGGCGACCUCAAUGCGGCCUCUGAGCACUACUCCAAAAUGCGCCCCGACGUCUCCACGGCGAAGCACGUCAUCGACGUCGGCAAGCACCUCGUCCGCGUGGCCAUCCAAAGAAGAGAGUGGAGCAUGGUCGCGCCCCAUCUCGUGAAGAUGACGCUCGGGGGGCAGUACCCCGAAGAAGAGCGCAACGCCCAACCGUUCAUCCGCGCAGCUUCUGGCAUCGCCCUCCUCGGCCAAGAAAAAUACUGGGAAGCGGCCCUCUCCUUUCUCGACGCCGACCCAAACGUCCCGCCAAAAGCCUACAAUGAACUCGCCAGCCGUAACGACAUUGCCGUCUAUGGCGGUUUGCUUGCGCUAGCGACAAUGGACCGCAAGCAGCUCCAGAGUAUGGUGUUGGAGAACCAGAAUUUCAGAGUGUUUCUGGAACCGGAGCCGCACAUCAGACGGGCGGUGACGAUGUUUGUUAAUGGGAGGUAUUCGGCUUGCAUUGAGAUUUUGGAGGGGUACAGGACGGAUUAUCUGCUGGACAUCUACCUCCAGAAGCACGUCAGCAAGAUUUAUGCCAAGAUCAGGAGCAAGUGUGUGGUGCAGUAUCUGAUUCCAUUUUCGUGCGUGAGUUUGGACACGCUGGAGAAGGCGUUUGGGAGUCCGGAGAGGCCGAUUGAGGAGGAGCUGGCGGUGAUGAUUGAGGAGGGGGUCUUGGAGGCGAGGAUUGAUGGGAUUGAGAGGCUCGUCAACACAGUCAAGAUUGACCCGAGAGCUCAAAUGCAGGCUUCGGCAUUGGUUUCUGCCGAGAAUUACGAGAAGCAGGCUAUUGAGCGGUUGAGAAGGAUGGCGAUUGCGGCUGCGGAUUUAGAGCUGAUGCCGACCAAGAAGCAGGGGUUGCAUCUCCCGCUUGGUGGUGAUAUUUCUUUUGGGGAUCAGGAGAUUGUGAUGGGUUGAGACAGACAAGUCAGGGUUAGGGAUUAUUAUGAUAUGAAACGAAACGGGAUAGCAUUGAUUUUUGAGUUUUGGUUUUUGGCAUUGCCCGUUUGCGUAUACCGGGUAAAGGGAAAAGGAGUAUGGGAAUAAGCAUAGUAGUUAUGAGACAUUGAGAAUCCACGAGUACAGCACGAAGGCUUAAUCCCGGAAUCGAACUGAGAUCAUCUUUUAAUUUGUCCUUGCUGA